AUGUCUAUGAGCCUUGUUUGUUCGCGCAUUGGAGGGAGAUUCCAGUUGAAGACCAAGAUCAGUUCUGGGUCAUUUGGUACGUGGUAUAUUAGUCCGAGCUUGUCCUGCUCAUGCAGUCUACAGGUGAGCCUGGAGCACGAGGUCACCAUCUACAAGAACCUAGGACGAAUGCCCAGUAUCCCUCGUGCACCUUGGUUUGGGGCCGAGGACGGAUACAACGUCCUCGUCCUUGAUCUUUUGGGACCUUUGCUUGCCUCAUCGCCUCUAGGCAAUGAGCCUGUGUUUCGCCUUCAAGCUGUGUUGGCAAUUAGCAACCAAAUGGUGCGUAGUCUAGAUAUCAAACCUUCAAGUUUCCUCUUUGGCCCUGAUCUGCUAUCACAGAAGGUCUUCCUUGUCGACUUCGGCCUCGCAAAGCAAUAUUGGGACCCCAUCCAGCAUUCACACAUACCCUAUCGCGAUGGCUUACAACUCACUGGAACCGCACUCUGGGCGUCCAUCAAUGUUCACGUUGGCAUAGAACACUUGCGUCGUGAUGAUAUAGAGUCACUCGCAUACAUCAUCAUUUACCUUCUCCAUGGAUACCUCCCUUGGCAAGAUCUCACAGUUGAUGUUGCCAUCUUUCAGCGAAAGCAGUCGCUGUCUCCUACCGCUCUUUGCCUUGAUCUUCCCGUCGGACUCACCGCAUUUGUCGCAUACAUCUGUAGUCUCCCAUUUGUGGCAGACCCCAACUAUCUAUAUCUACAUUGUCUCCUUCAAACUGCUACUGAACGAGUCAGCUCCGAGUCCAAGCCGGCAUGCACUGGCCGACCAUACAAUGGCAAGGGGUCUCGCAGGCCGUUGACUGGUGAAGGCUCUGGCUACGGUUUUGGCAAGAAGCAGGCUGGCGUUGUGUAUGCUGAUAUUUCGUGA